GUCCCCGCCAGCCCAUUCGAAGGUCUCCAUCUGCGCACCUUCAGCCAUGGCGGACGACAUUGUCAUCGACAAGGCGCUGUUCCACGAGCGCCUCAACAACCUUGUAACCAAGUGGAAGGCCGACAAGCGCUCGGGCGACCAGGUUUUCCAGGGCGCAAGCGCGAUCGCGACGCUGGUGGGCAAGGCGAGCGAGCCUGGCAUCUACUUGAAGCCCGCCGCUUUCCAGCUGUGGCUGCUAGGCUAUGAAUUUCCUGCGACCCUCUUCGUCAUCACGCCCGACCUCGUCCAGAUUGUCACAACCAAGAAGAAGGCUACGUACCUAGAGCCGCUAAAAGGCGGCAAGGUGCCUGUCGAGAUCCUGGUACGGGGCAAAGACGCCGAGGAAAACAAGAAGCAGUUCCAGACAUGCAUAGACACCAUCAAGAAGGCCGGCAAGAAGGUCGCCGUGAUGAAGAAGGACAAUGCCAACAACGCCUUUGCCAGCGAGUGGAAAGCCGCCUUUGACGAGGCUGGGUUCAAGGACGAGGACCAGGUUGAUCUGGCCCCAAUCUUGUCCAACGCGGCCCUGUCCGUCAAGGACGAGAAGGAGUUGAGGACCAUCCGCGAUGCUGCCCGAGCGUCGAGCGCCCUCAUGACCAACUACUUUGUUGAGGAAAUGUCCGACAUACUCGAUUCCGAGAAAAAGAUAUCCCACCGCGCUCUCGCCGACAAGGUCUCCAACAAGAUCGACGAUGCCAAGUUCUUCGAGAAGCAAAAAGUGUCCAAGUCAUUUGACUCUCUACAGCUGGACUGGUGCCUGCAACCAACCAUUCAGAGUGGCGGCUCGUACGACCUCAAGUUUGCAGCCGAGCCUGACGAGAACAAUUUGCACGCGGGCGUCAUCAUCUCCGUCUUGGGUCUGCGCUACCAGACCUACGGCGCCCUGGUCGGUCGAACAUACAUGGUCGGGCCCAACAAGGAGCAGGAGAAUGCAUACAAGCUGCUUUUGGCUAUUCAUGAUCUGGUCAUCAAGUCUCUCCGCGACGGUGUUGUGGCCAAGGAUGUGUAUAACAAGGCGCUUGGAAUGCUCAAGUCGAAGAAGCCAGAAUGGGAGAAGCACUUCCCCAAGAACCUUGGGUAUGGCGUUGGUGUUGAAAAUAAGGACUCCUCGCUCCUUCUGAGUGGCAAGAACACGCGCGUGCUCAAGGACGGGAUGACUCUUGUGGUUCAGACCGGCUUCUCCGAUCUCGAGAACAGUAAGCCGCAGGACAAGAAGAGCAAGAAUUACUCGCUUGUGCUCGUCGACACGGUCCGGGUUGGACAGGGCGAUUGCGCGGUCUUCACCAAGGAUACAACCGCGGACCUGGAUGCCGUAUCAUUCUUCUUUGACGAAGAGGAAGAGGAAGCGAAACCAAAGGCAAAGAAGGAGCGUCCUGCCAUUGCCCAGACCAACAUCACAAAGACUCGCACGCGCCAUGAGCGAACAACAAACCAAGAUGCCGAAAAGGAAGAGCAGCGGCGGCAACAUCAAAAGGAGUUGCACGCAAAAAAGCAAACAGAGGGUCUGGAGCAAUAUAGUGAGGGCGCAAAGUCUCUCAAUGGUACAGAGGAAAAGCGCUUCAAGAAAUUCGAGUCCUACAAGCGCGACAACCAGUUUCCUCCGUCCGUGGCCAAUCUGGAGAUUGUUGUCGACAAGAAAAACCUCACAGUUCUCCUCCCCAUCAUGGGCCGCCCCGUGCCAUUCCAUAUCCACACGAUCAAAAAUGCAUCACACACCCCAGAGGCGGAUUUUACUUCUCUCCGCAUCAACUUCCUUUCGCCUGGCCAAGGUGUAGGCCGCAAGGAUGACCAACCUUUCGAAGACCCAAACGCGCACUUCAUUCGAAGCCUGACUUUCAAGUCACACGACGUAGAUCGCAUCGAUCAGAUCACCAAGGACAUUACAGAGCUCAAAAAGGACGUUGUGCGACGUGAGACUGAAAAGAAACAGAUGGAGGACGUUGUUGAGCAAGACAAGCUGAUUCCCCUCAAGACCCGCAAGCCUCAUAUGCUCGAUCUCAUCUUCAUCCGCCCAGCGCUAGACGGCAAGCGCAUCCCUGGUAGUGUGGAGAUUCACCAGAACGGUUUGCGCUACGUCCACGGCAACGGCACCGCCAAGAUUGACGUACUCUUCAGCAACAUCAAGCAUUUGUUCUUCCAGCCUUCACAACACGAGCUCAUUGUCAUUAUCCACGUCCAUCUCAAAAACCCUAUUAUGCUGGGCAAGAAGAAGACCAAGGAUGUGCAGUUUGUCCGGGAAGCUACCGAGAUGCAAUUCGACGAGACUGGCAACCGCAAGCGCCGCCACAAGUUUGGUGAUGAGGAAGAGUUUGAACAAGAACAAGAGGAGCGCAGGCGACGCGCAGCUCUCGAUAAAGAGUUCAAGAACUUUGCCGAGAAGAUUGCCGACGCCGCACGCAAUGAGAAUGUCAGCGUCGAUAUUCCAUACCGUGAGCUUGGUUUCAAUGGUGUACCGUCGCGAUCUUCAGUUCUGGUUCAACCAACAACAGACUGCUUGGUUCAGCUCACGGAGCCUCCUUUCACAUGUCUCACACUCUCGGAAAUUGAGAUUGUCCAUCUUGAGCGAGUGCAGUUUGGUCUUAAGAACUUUGACAUGGUCGUUGUGUUCAAGGACUACAACCGCCCACCGGUCCACAUCAAUACCAUCCCUGUUGAGUCGCUGGACCCUGUUAAGGAUUGGCUUGAUUCUGUCGACAUUCCCUUCACCGAGGGUCCGCUCAACCUGAACUGGGCGACCAUCAUGAAGACGGUGACGUCCGACCCACACCAGUUCUUCGCCGAUGGCGGUUGGUCAUUCCUGUCUACUGAGACCGAUGACGAAGGUGAUGGUGAUGAGGAGGAAGAGUCAGCCUUUGAAGUCUCCGAAUCUGAACUUGCCAUCUCGGACGAGUCAUCUGACGAAAGCGACUUUGAUGAGAACGCUUCGGACGAGAUGAGCGACGAGGGAUCUGAAGAGGACUUUUCAGAGGGCGAGAGCUGGGACGAACUGGACAAGAAGGCUGCUAAGAAAGACAAGGAGGCUGCUCAUGACGACGAUGAGGAUAACAAGGGUAAGAAGAGGAAGCGAUGAGCUGCUUCCAAGUGACGGCUCACUUUCUUUUCUUUUUUCCCUUGAUUUCCUUUGAGUCGUCUUUCGUGUAAGAGUAGGCUUAGUAGUGAGAGAGUUGGUUGGUUGUCCCAUCGACCAAGUCCACCAGAGGUGGCAGGCAUUUCCUAGUAGAUAUCCUAUGUGAUGCUGUCUUCUUCUUCUUCUUUCUUUUUUUUUCUUCUCAUCUUCUCUACGUCGUAUGUCAUGAACAUGUAUCGUCUGAUCUCUCAAGGUGGACCCUCGAUGCAAAUAUCAAAAUAGUAAUGCAAGAAUUUU